CAUGCCAUCGACACUUCUCCUGUUCCACAACCCUUGCAAAGCGACAUUGCAACCGAAUUCUACCAACAUGCUCCGUCGACGUCUCUCUUCGGGUCUCCUCCGAGCUCAGCUCACUCCCAUCACCAACCACACCGCCAUCCCCGCCGUCCCCGCGCUCCCAGCUCGAUAUGCUACCUCGAACCGUGGUCUGGCUUCCGCCGUUCUGCUCAGCAGUAGAGAGAACUGGGCCAGCAAGACGGUCAAGAACUUGAAGGAAGCUCUUGCACAGCGGGGUUUGAGCCAGUCCGGCAAGAAGACGACCCUCGUCGAACGUCUGAAGGAGUACGAGACCGCUCAAUCCUCCAGCUCGGGGUCUCGGGGAAUCUCCUCUUCCGCGAUCGCCUUCAACUCGUCUUCAUCCUCGUCGACCAAGACCGAGGACCAGACCCCGGUCCCCGAAGCUCCCAAGAUCGAGAUCGCCAGCGGUGUCAAGGCCAACGUCAACACGUUGUCCGAGAUCGAGAUUCCCGAUGUUGAACCCGCUCUCGCGCCUGGUCUGCCAGAGGCCAAGACCGACUUGCAAGAGGCGCCGCCUACGCUCGAUAUCAAGAUGCCCGACUUUGAUGAUCAUGUGGUAGAGAACGUCAUUCCCCCCUUUGAGCCGGACAACUUUGAGAGCAAGGCCGAAGACUCGCUCUCUCCCCCCGCCGAGGUAGAAUCCACCACACCCAAGGUCAUGACCGUCGAUCCUUCCCAAGACACCACUCGUCAUUCCUUGCACGAGACCGUGGCUUCCGACAGCAUCGAGACCCCCUCUGCCGACACCGUCGUUGAAUCCUCCAAAGAUGGCGUGGACUCCCUUCCUCCCCUUACCGACUUGUUCAGCUCGAUCUCGCUGCCUUCCCUCGGUGGGCUGGGUGACCGACUGAACGAACUCGUCAAGCUCCCUGAGGGCAAGAACUCGCAGGCGGAGUUCAAGCCGAUCGACCGUGGGUUGAACUCGGAGGAGAAGACAGGAGCUUACAUCUUGGCUGCUACCAUCGCUUUGGGGUUGUUCUUUGGAGGUGGAAAGAAGGCCGAGGAGGAUGACAAGGACGUCAAGGAGCACGUCAACGAGGCCGCUCAGGCUGCCGCUCAUUAGGGCCGAGAAGAAAAUGGAGAAAAGAGGGAGAGCAGUUUUGUAGACGCGAGAUACCCCCCACAGAUGAAACAAGUGAUCUAGUUGAUGCGUCGACCUUGUAGUGCGACAUGCGAUGAGCUGAGGGAUCGCUGUCUCGUCGGUUCCGGAAGGCUUCCGCUUGGUGGCUACCCGCUCUCGAACUUCCUCUAAAGUCUCCAACCCGAAACGCUUCAGGCACUUGCUUUAAGAGGUAGCUCUUCAGGUUCGCACACCAAACGCUUGCCUGCGCUUCACCCGGGGAGUCUUCCAGGAAUGUUGCGAGGCCCUCGAAUGCCGUUUCAUGGGUUCAGAGGUCUUUCGGACCAAAGACACUGAAUUGCUUGUCGACGUC